GAAAUUGACACGCGCCACCAUCGCGCGUGGUUAAAUUCUUGUGACAUUACGCACGAUGGCGGUCAGCUUUCAUAAUCUCGCAAGAUCAUCCGUUCGUUUAUCCAGUCCACGUCAUCUUCACAAAACCUCGGCCCUACGAUCCGCACCACUCCGACGGGCCACCCUCGACGCCUUCACUCCAUUAUCGGUGGCGAUAUCAUCCUUCAGGACCUGUCUAUGGUCGAAAUCUAAGCCAGAGAGAGAGAGAACGAGAGAGAGUAGAGAGAGAAAGAAUAAGCGAAGAAUCCAAUGAGUUAAUAAGGGUUCGAUCUAUUUGAAAAGGUACUUUCUCGGAACCCUAGUGUGUUACUAUCACUCUAUCAGACUUAAUUAUGUUUUGUUUGUGUAAAAUUAUAGAAGCUGUGUGAAUAUUGGUUUUAAUCUUAAAAAUUGUAUGAAAAUCUAGUAUUUUGUACAUGUUUGUACAAUCAAAGCAGAUUGAGUCAGGGUUUUUGGAUUUCAUGUAUGAAUUCGGAGAAAAUUUUCAGUAGAAAGUCCUUCAAAGGUUUGAACAACAAGAAGAAGAAGAAUUCAACACCGGCUCACAGUUCAAACCUAGCUUCAGAAGACGCAAACCCUAGCCAGGUAUUAGUUAUGGGUUCUCGGGUUCCUCCUGGAAACGGGGGAAGUAAGUUUGGAUUUCGAAGGCAGGAGAAUCGAGUUACUAUCCAGCUGACAUCUAAAUCGAAGCAAGAGAUGAGAGAAAUUAAGAGGAAGCUUGUUAGUGAGCUUGAACUGGUUAAGCGAUUGGUGAAGAAGAUUGAGGAGGUAGGGUCGAGGCCUUUGAAUCAGUUAAGUAUCUCUGUUUUGGAGAACACUCAGGGUACAACUACAAGUGAGAAUGUAGAGAAGGAGAAAAGAACUCCAAAAGCAAACCAGUUCUACAGGAAAUCAGAUUUUCUUCUUGCUAGAGAUAGAAUCCCUGCAACUGAGAGCCACAAGAAAUUAAAACCUAGUGGCAAGAAACAAGGAGGAGUUGAUGCUAAGUUUUCAAACAAAUUGUUCAAGAGCUGUAGUACUUUGCUUGAGAAAUUAAUGAAGCACAAACAUGGCUGGGUGUUUAAUAAACCUGUUGAUCCACUUGCCCUUGGCUUACAUGAUUACUUUGACAUCAUUAAGCAUCCAAUGGAUUUGGAAACUGUAAAAUCACGUCUGGAUAAAAACUGGUAUAAUUCUCCAAUGGAGUUUGCAGAAGAUGUAAGACUCACAUUUCACAAUGCUAUGACAUAUAACCCAAAAGGGCAAGAUGUUCAUGCCAUGGCAGAGCUUCUGUUAAAUUUUUUUCAAGAAAAAUGGAAACUCAUAGAAGCAGAUUUUAUCCGUGAGUCUAAGCUUGCAGUAAAUAAUGAAAUUGUUUUGCCACCUCCACCUCCACCUCCACCUGCUCCAACCAUUGAUCCUAAACCAAAGCCUAUGAAUCCUUCUACCAUGGGUAGAACUCCUUCUUCAAAGAAACCAAAGGCUAAGGAACUCAACAAAAGGGAAAUGACAUAUGAUGAGAAGCAAAAGCUUAGUAUGGACCUUCAGAAUCUGCCUUCUGAAAAGCUAGAUAAUGUUGUUCAGAUUAUCAAGAAACGAAACCCGUCAUUGUCUCAAAAAGAUGAUGAAAUUGAAGUGGAUAUUGAUACUUUUGAUACUGAAACUCUAUGGGAGCUUGAUCGGUUCGUUACAAACUACAAGAAAGGUUUAAGCAAGAACAAAAGGAAAGCUGAUUUUCCCAAUCAAGAAACAAUGGAAGUUGAACCAAAUGUACAGGAAAACAUUCCACAACCAAUUGUUGUUGAUGCCUUUAAAGAAGCUGAUGAGACAGAUGUUCAGAUGGAGAAGAAAGUGGAGGAGGAAGUUGCUCAAGGAGACAACAAGUCCAGUAGCUCUAGCAGCUCCAGCAGUGUAUCUGGAUCCUCUUCUAGUGGUAUUAAUUAACUAUUAACAUAUGAGAAU